UGCCCUGAUACACACCUGUUCUGUCCUUGCGAAACAUGAUGCACAGAGACAAGGAAAACAUCUCUCUGUAGGGCUGCUCAUUAUUGAAGAAGGAAAUUCAUACAAGUUUGGAAUGGCAUGAGGGGCAGUGGUGAGAUGACGGAGGUGGAGCCAGUGUUGGAUUUUGGGUCGUCAGGUCGAUCGGGCAGACGGAAUGCUCUGCCUGACAUCCUGGGCUCUCCGGCUGGUGUGAACCCCUCCGACCUGCCACUCAAACUAGCUGAACUCUCCCUCACAGAUGAUCCUGGAGGGGCUCAGUCUCCUACAUCACAGGAAGUUCCGCCCCCUGCAGAGAGCUCAGAGGAGAGUCAGUGAACUUGAAAACUCUCUACACCUCAUAAAUGAACAGCUACUCUACAUAACUGAUGGAGAGAAAUGAGAGAGAAAUAGAAAUAGAAAUGCACUCUUCAAUUAGCCUGUGUUACUGGGGUUGACCUUCAGUAUUGGCUGUCCUGCAGACUAACAGUGGUCUACCGCACACACAUUCUCUCUCUUCCUUUUUCACACACACUCACAUUUAUAAUGGCCAGAGACUAUGUGUAGUGACGGGAUGAAUAAACCAACAGGUAAUUUGCCAAAAUCCAUUAUGUUGAAUUUUUUUCAAAGGUGAAGUGGGUUAUAUUUGCACCACAAGCAUCACCAAAUGAAACUGCAGUCAAGGUUAUUAUAGUUAGUUUUAUUUUUCUUUUCUUUUUUUAUCUUUUAUUUUUUCUUUUUUUCAAUAUGUCCUUUCAAUUUAGUUUAAAGCUGAUGUAGGAGCUUUCUUGGUCCAAUUUUAAUGCAAACUUAAGCCACCCACCUGGUCCUGAAGGUUGAGGGGUUUUACGACACAAAUAAAUCCAAUAAUGAUCUCCAAACAAAGGCCACUGAUGAUAAAAUAAAGUAAUUUAUUUUCCCAAAAAUAUGUUUCAAAAUACACCUAGAAAUGUGGUCUCCCAGCAUUCCAAUCAUAGGGUGUAUUCCAAUCGAAAGUGAUCAUCCUUAUGCACCACUCACUACAAACGAAAAGAGCACUUGAUGUGGGCACUCUGAAGGAAGCAUGGCAUUACAGUUUGAAUGUACCUUUCACUACAAGUCUUGUGAAUAGGCCCUUUGUGAACAAUUUUUAAUUUCUUACUUUUGUAUGGAAUGACCCUUUGAGUGGCGUCCCUUUCCCGAAGUGCCCUUCAAGAGCACAAAAAUCCAUAAAUUAAUAAUCAAAACCAUACUAAAUCUAUAAAUCAUCAAUUCAAUUCAACAAUUCAUAAUCAACCCAAAUAAUUAAUUUAACUAAACAAAUAAAUACAUUUAAUUACAUUCAAUCAAACCGGUGCACUCAGCAAUUUUUUGAAGUAUGUCGAAGUGGCUUAUAUUGGUUUACACUGACACCUGGUGGCCUGGAUGCUGCAUCAUUCAAACGCAGUACUUUUCAGUUACCAAUGCCAUUGUAGAAAUUCACUAUGCACAGUAAACCAGGAUUAAUUUAAUCCAUGAAUGAAAGUGUCCAAUAACAGGGCAGUUACUGAGAUUAAGCGAGCAGUAUUCAGCUGGUCAUAUGAUUCUAACAUGGCUGCCCCCAUGAGGCACCCCUGCCCCAUGUAGAAUAAAAGGGCUUUUAUAAAGUAACUGACAUGUCUGAACUCUUUAUCUCACAUGAGUGGUCAUGAUUUCAUGCAUAAGUUUCAAAAUUACUAUUAAUUUCUUUAGAAGUAAAACUUUUAAAAUGAGGAAACUAGUGUACCUUUAAAUGGCUCCAACAGCUAAAGUGUCUAUAUUUUUGAAGUUUAAAUACUUUCACCUAUCCCAGUUUAAUAUGCAAAGACAACUAUAAGUAAGCCAUUCAUCGGCUGAUUUCCUAGAGUCCGAAACUGCUUACUGUCACAGUAUGUACUGUAUUUUAUAAAGGACACACAGUAUGUUCUUUUAGGAAUGCAUGCGAGUAGUAUGAAUAGAUUUCGGACAUACUUCAUCCGGGGAUGUUGGAAUCAUUUCGUGACCCGAAUAUACAGUAUGACGUAAUAACAACAACCACGCACCACUGAAGCACAAGGAACAAUUAUCUUGGUGUAUGUAUAGCACUUACAGUUGAGAGGAGUCGUCCACCUCAUGAUUCACCACCGUUCCUUUAAAUCAAGUUUUUGAACAUGGCAUUGCCUCAGCUCACGAGGGAUUAUGGAACGUUAAGUGUACAGUCGAUCCGCACUUCAAAAUCUCGCCAGAAAUAGUAGGUCAUCCAGGUAUUUCUAGCUUACUGCUCCAUGAAUACUGUGGAUUCGGACAUACUACUCCAUUGGCAUACUGUUUUUAGCAUACUAUAUAGUAGAGAAGUAUGGAUAUUUGGUCACAGCGACUGUGUCUCUUUGGCACUAUAACAAGAGCUCCAUUUGUUUGAGCGGCCCAACAAAGCAUCACUGACUCAACUAAUUGUGUUAGUUUGGGGCGGGGCUAUCUGUUUGUUCGACCAAUGGAACGGGAGAGUAUUUGGGUAAGCUGUUUGAAAAUGAUGUUUAUUUUUGCCAUUCUUUUUGGUAGAUUUGCAUUAAUAUUUCAGCUUUAGUUUUGUUAGUUUUCACUCUGUGAUUUGUUAGUUUUAGUUUUUUCAGUGUUUAGUUUCAGUUUAGUUGUAGCUUUUCAGUAUAUUUAGUUUUUUUAACUUUAGGCACAUAGUGACAAAUUUCAUUUAAUGAAGGUGGGUAGUAAAGGUUUCAAAUUAUAUAAUAAUACUAUGUACCAAAAACUAUUAUUAGUUAGUUUUGAAGUCAUGGAAAUGUAUUUUAUUGUAAUUUUUUUUCAAUUGUGUAAAGUUUUUAGUUUUAUUUGAGUUAACAAAAAUGUUUUCAUUUAGAUUUUGUUUUAAUUUUUGCUAACAGUAUUAACGUUGCGCUCUGUUUGAGCAGCCCGACUGAGAUCAACACAACAAAAAUUGGCCUAACAUAAACAACUUUUGAUUUUAAAAUGUAUUACUACAUUGUUGAAAUCAACAUUAACCAAGAUUAAUAAAUGCUGUAAAAGUAUUGUUCAUUGUUAGUUCAUGUUAACUAAUGUUGUUAACUUAUGUUAACAAGUGGUACCUUAUUGUAAAGUGUCACUGUAAUUACACUCUGCGGAUUUAAGUGUAAGAAAUGAAGAAUAUAUGACAUAUUUAUUUAUUUAUUGUACUGAACAUUUAACUGUGUUUGUACUACACUGAUGAUCUUUUACUUAGAAUAUACAGUAUAUGUCAUGUGGCACCUGUAUGUUAUAAAAGUUUUCUUUUAAUGUUAAAUAUUGCAGUAAGGGAAUGUAAGAAUCGAUCUGUUUAUUCUGAUGUUUGAAAGAGGCAGUUUAUUAAUAACAUUCAAGUCUUUGAAAGUAUUUGUGCAAUGAAUUAUUCUUAUGGUAUAUGGACUCAUGAAAUACUGUAUGUAUUUAUUCACAGCAAGCACCACUAGUGUGUAUCAUCAGCAUAUGCUGGGGGAACUGGCAAUGUCACAUGUGUUACAAACACAGUAUGCAUCACUUCUGCAAACACAGCUUUCAAUGUCACCUUCUGCCACUCAGCUGCAUGAAACGCAUCAUUGGUUCACAGCUAUUAGCACAUUAGCUGACGUGCUAAAAAAGAGACAAUAGCAUCAAAGAUCGCCGACACGACCUCAGACGACAGAAACAAGACUGUGAGUUGGCUGGGAUGAGCCAUGAUUCAUAUGACCAAUCUCUAUAGGAACAAUGAAUUUUUGUAAAUAGUGUAAUAUUGGGCUAAGAUUAAGGGUAUUUCCCACGUGUUUAUUUUCAGUAUUUUACAAAUGCAAACUGUGUCAGGUCCCCUGUUGACUCUGUUUUGACUCUUAUAGUGAAAUACAAAAAAAUUGAGAACUCGUAUAUGUUGAUGAUUAUGCAACAUGCACUACCAAUAAAAAGUUUGGA